AUGAGUACCCUACAAAAAACAAAGAGGUUUUCUUCUUCUUUCUCUUUUACUUCUUCUUCUUCUUCUUCUUCUUCUUCUUCUUCUUCUUCUUCUUCCCUAUGUCGUCUCAGUUUAACCCUUCUUUUUCACCACUUCCUUUCCUUAGUAGCCCUUCUUUCCUCAUUAUGUGUUUCAACUCUCUCUCUCUCUCUCUCUCUCUCUCUCUCUCUCUCUCUCUCUCUCUCUCUCUCACACACACUUUCUGAUACCACAUCCUCAAAUUCUUCUUUCUCUUUUACUUCUUCUUCUUCUUCUUCUUCUUCUUCUUCUUCUUCUUCUUCAAUUUCUCAUCUUCUUUCUUUCUUUCUUUCGCUCGUUCUUGCAUCCUUCUUCUUCUUCUUCUUCAAUUUCUCAUCUUCUUUCUUUCUUUCUUUCGCUCGUUCUUGCAUCCUUCUUCUUAUUCUUCUUCUUAUUAUUCUUCUUCUUCUUCUUCUUCAUUCAGUUACAUCCUUUACUUUCCCUGCUGCCCAACACAUUUUUUCAAAGUAA